AUCAGCUGAAGUUUGGCAGUCCAUUGGUAAAGCUCUCUGAGCGACUGGAUUGAAACAGGUUAAAGUUUAGCCAGACAGGGUUUUCAUGGAUAUUGUGGUGAUGUUUGAAUUCGAGUGAAUGUGACCAUGAAUGAACCCAUUAUGCGGCGGAAGCCUAAAGAAGGCAAGCAUUAUCAUGAGACACUGGAGGAGGUGCUUUAUGAGCGGCGUUUACUCAAGUUCGUCACGGGCAUGACUGGACUAGGCGUGCUCACUUGGUUUAUUGCCAUCUCCACCGACUACUGGAUCAUCGCCAUCAACAGUAAUUCCACCCUCACGAUGGCUGAACAAGGUGAAGCACAGGCCUUGGCUUCCUAUCCCGCGCACGAUCGCAUGUUUCUGUGGAGCCAUUCCGGUCUGUGGACGAAAUGUUCCGUCUUUCGAAGCACGCGGUAUGCUUCGGAUUUCUCGGAAUGCGAGUUCCACGACCUCACGGGCCACUCGGCAGUGGCCGAUUUAAUGCGGGCUGAGUUGUGCCUAUGCAUCAUGACCAUUCUCCUGAUUAUUCUGGCCUUGGUGUUUUCCGUGUAUUCGCUCAUUCAUCCCCGGUACACGUUCAAGCGGAUUGCGGGCUGCUUGCAUCUUAUCACGGGCGUUUGUAUGAUCGCCUUGUUUGAGAUGGUCAAGACUGAUACGCACCGAAUUAUUCACGAUCACGAAGACGAUCAGAUGGUGGUCAUGUUUGGCUAUUCCUACCUUUUGGGAUGGAUCGUCUUGAUUAUAUUCGUCUUGUCGUGCAUCGCAUUUUUUGCCGGAUCUCGAAAACGUAAAACUCUACCGUAUGAUUUUGAAACGGCCCUCUCUUGAAAUUUACGCACAAAGCCCCAAGUCAAUAAAGUAUCCAUAAUAUGACAUCGGAAAGCCCCCCGAAAUGCAAACCUCCGUGAACUUUGUUGCCCUUUUAUAAUGCCUGUAACGACCGCUAAAGUGCCGACUACGAUUUCGACGAACAUCAGAGAUGUCAAAUGAAACUUUAGGCUAUGAAUAUAACUUUUGAAAUAUUUUCCAACUUUAA